AUGGCCCACUCACCGGUGGCGGUCCAAGUGCCAGGGAUGCAGAAUAAUAUAGCCGAUCCAGAAGAGCUCUUCACGAAAUUAGAACGCAUUGGAAAAGGCUCCUUUGGAGAAGUUUUCAAAGGAAUUGAUAACCGUACCCAGCAAGUGGUUGCUAUUAAAAUCAUAGACCUCGAGGAAGCCGAAGAUGAAAUUGAAGACAUUCAGCAAGAAAUAACGGUUUUGAGUCAGUGUGACAGCUCAUAUGUAACGAAAUACUAUGGAUCAUAUUUAAAGGGUUCAAAAUUAUGGAUAAUAAUGGAAUACCUGGGUGGCGGUUCAGCGCUGGAUCUUCUGCGAGCUGGUCCAUUUGAUGAGUUCCAGAUUGCUACCAUGCUAAAGGAAAUUUUGAAAGGUCUGGACUACCUGCAUUCUGAAAAGAAAAUUCACCGAGACAUAAAAGCUGCCAACGUCUUGCUCUCAGAGCAAGGAGAUGUGAAACUUGCUGACUUUGGAGUGGCUGGCCAGCUGACGGAUACACAAAUUAAAAGAAAUACCUUUGUGGGAACACCAUUUUGGAUGGCUCCUGAAGUUAUCCAGCAGUCAGCUUAUGACUCAAAAGCUGACAUUUGGUCACUGGGAAUUACUGCUAUUGAACUAGCCAAGGGAGAGCCACCUAACUCUGACAUGCAUCCAAUGAGAGUUCUGUUUCUUAUUCCAAAAAACAAUCCUCCAACUCUUGUCGGAGACUUCACUAAAUCCUUUAAGGAGUUUAUUGAUGCUUGCCUGAACAAAGAUCCAUCAUUUCGUCCUACAGCUAAAGAACUUCUGAAACAUAAAUUCAUUGUAAAAAAUUCAAAGAAGACUUCUUAUCUGACUGAACUGAUAGAUCGAUUUAAGAGAUGGAAGGCAGAAGGACACAGCGAUGAUGAAUCUGAUUCUGACGGAUCUGAUUCGGAGCCCAGCAGCAGGGAAAAUAAUACUCAUCCUGAAUGGAGCUUUACCACUGUGCGAAAGAAGCCUGAUCCUAAGAAACUGCAGAAUGGGGCCGAGCAAGAUCUUGUACAAACCCUGAGCUGUUUGUCUAUGAUAAUCACACCUGCAUUUGCUGAACUUAAACAGCAGGAUGAGAAUAAUGCAAGCAGGAAUCAGGCAAUCGAAGAACUGGAGAAAAGUAUUGCCGUGGCCGAAGCUGCCUGUCCUGGCAUUACAGAUAAAAUGGUGAAGAAAUUAAUUGAAAAAUUUCAAAAGUGUUCAACAGAUGAAUCCCCCUAA